AUGCAGUUCAGCACUCUCGUCACCUUCCUCAUGCCCCUGGCUCUCACUCAAGCUGCCACCUGGAACCUCUCUGGUACCUGCUCGGCGGAUCUUACUUGUGAGAUCGAUACUCAAUACACGGCCCCGGAGCUACCCGCUGUAUGCGGCAACAGGAAUGGGCAUUUUGCUGGGACUGGUACCAAUGGAAAGACUAGCUGCACGCCUGCAAACACCAAGUGCACAUACGUGUGGGAGUGCUAG